UGUGAUCGUUCCUCGGCCACAAGAAUUUCGCUAUAUUAAUGGCCUUUCGCGAACUGAAAAGCUCUGGCUGUUAAAAGACGAAAUAAUCAUUGAAGCUUAGCUCAAUAAGCGCAUGGUAUCAGUCCAAGUCGUUGAAGCUGGAGUUCAAGUUCGAAUCUUCAGUGUGACAGAUAAAAGAGAAGUCUUGAAUGGUGAUUUGGGUCUUUUACUUGUUAGCUUUCAGUAAGAAUUUCAAAAGUUAUUUGUCUAAAUUUUAUUAUUCUGAAAGUGCUUUAUUGAUCUCGUAAUUCAGUGAGUCAGUUUGAGCUAUACUUGUAGUCUAAUCCAUCAGGAACAUAUAGAAAAAGAAAAACCGAUUGGAGUGAUGAAUUCAGGGAGUGGGAGAAAAGCAAUCGAUGAUUCGGGUAAAAGAGGAGAAGAGAGAAAGGAAUUGAAGUACAUAGGGGUGCGUCGUAGGAGUUGGGGGAAAUGGGUGUCUGAAAUUCGGGAGCCAAAGAAAAAGAGGAGAAUAUGGCUUGGGUCAUAUGAUAAUCCACACGUGGCCGCUAGAGCUUAUGAUGCCGCUGCCCUGUCUUUAAAGGGGAGCUCCGCCAUGCUCAAUUUCCCUCACGCUGUGAAUACGUUGCCUCGCCCGAUUUCAUCUCAUUCUCAAGACAUCCAGUCGGCUGCUUCGCAGGCUGCGAGAUCAUUUGAUGAGCACAAAAUACUUCUGUUUUCUGAUCCUCAGUCUUCAUACUCCCAAGCCCAAUCUUCAGAUCCCCCAAAAGAAGGAAUUGAUAGAGAAAUUUGCUGUGAAUCGGGCAAUGGUGAAGCUCAACAGGCUGAUAGAAUGCAGUCAAUGGGUGAAGUGGGUGGGUGGGAAGAUUUAAUGGUGGAAUCGCCGAACAUGGUGCUGAAUAUGGCGGAGGCUCUUCUUGUGACGCCCCCUCGAAUGCAUGAAUAUGAUGAUGAGAGUGAAUCAGUGGAACCACUUUACUCGCUCUGGAAUGACUGAGCGAGACUGAUUUUACAGUGUCUUUUUCUAAUUAAAGUUUCUGCAAAUUCAGCUAACAGCGCGCUGGAACAUAUUUUGCUUUAGCAGUAAAUUGUGGCGUGGAAUAGGUCGAUCCAUUCAAUUCAAAUGGUCGAGAGGAAGAAAUAAACAGUCUGCCGAUUUUAAUUGUGUUUUAUGACCCAAAAAAUAUGUAUAAAUACAGUUAUACGGCCGCCAAAUUUAACGUAAACUGCCUUGUUGUAAAGCACUUCACUGAUAUUUAUUUAAUGUGAAAAGUUAUAUUUUGUCUCUUGUGA